CUGUGAGAGUCGUAGUUCAGCGACACAGAAGAAGACAAACAUGGCGUCUGUGAGCAGCGAUGAGUGGAGAGCUGUGUGUGACAAAUUCACCAACGCCCAAAACCUCACUGUAGUAGAAUCACGAAAUGACCCCGAGAAUGACCCGUUCCGCUCCAAAUACAAGGCCAGGGAGAUCCUCCGGGAGAUCUACUGCGCACUCAAGAGUUUCGAAGCCGGCGAAGGUGAGGAGGAGAGCGGCGCGGAGAGCGGCGAGGAGCGGCCGACGGAGCCCCCGGUGGACGGGCAGACGGAGGACCUGUUCGGCCGGGGCUUCAGCGGCGACUCGCCGGCCGGGCUGCGGGCCGCUAAGCUCGGGGCUGUGGAGUACUAUCUGGGCGUCAACCAUGUCGACACGGAGGAGCUGUCAGCCGGGCAGGAGCACCUGAUGAACUGCAUGAAGCUGCUGGAGGGAUGCAGCGUGUCCUCGGACAAUGUGUCGCUGUUCAUCCAUGUCAGGAACCAGCUGGGUAUCCUGUGGGCAGGCCGGGAUGAGACUGAGACGUCUCAGGGAUUCCUUGAGACAGCUGAAUCCAUCUACCAACGUUAUAUGAAGGAGGAUGGGAGUCCACCUACUGAUAUGACAGAGUACUUCACUACUGAGGAGAACCUGCUGACCCAUCAAGAAAGGACCAAGAGGUUUGAGUUGGCCUACACUCACUCAAUGUAUUACCUUGCUCAAGUCUAUAAAAACCUUGGUGAAACAGAGCGUGCGGCCACCUACUGCCACAGCACCCUGCAGAGACAGUUAAAGUUAAAUCAGUUCAGUCCAAUGGAGUGGGCUCUGAAUGCUGCUACACUAUCACAGUAUUACAUCACUAAGGGCCGAUACAUGGAAGGCAGACAUUGCCUCUCAGCAGCUACUGUCAUAUCAGGUUUGGCAGGAGAGGUUCCAUCUGAAGCCGCAGCACAGGAGAGUGAGACAGAGAGUGAGCUCAGGGAGCAGCUCAGACAGAAGAGAGCAGAGAUUGCAAGAUGUUGGAUCAAAUAUUGUCUCAACCUCCUGCAGGACUCUAAGAAGCUGCUAGAGGACAGCAUUGGGGAGCUCGACACUGAUCGUCAAGAAGAGUUGAAGAUGGCGAGGAGACGUGAAGAGGAGGAGGAAGAGAAGGGCAGGAAGAGCGCUCUGCUGUUUGGCUCUGAGGACACCUUUGACUCCAUUGCUAGUCUGGAAGAGAAGGUGCGCUGUUUGCUACCACUGGACUUCACUGAGGCCAGAGCUGUUUUUCUGGUGGGACAAAAUUAUGUCACACAGGCCAAGGAUUAUUUUCAGAUGGACGGCUAUGUGACGGACCACAUAGAGAUCUUGCAGGAUCACAGUGCUCUGUUCCGGGGCCUUGCUUUCUAUGAAGAGGAUCUGGAGCGACGCUGCAAAAUGCACAAACGCAGAGUUGACAUGCUAGAGCCAGUCUGCAAUGACUUGAACUCCCGGUAUUACCUAAUGAUCCGCAGACAGAUGAUGUUUGAGUUGGCUGAGAUUUACAAUGAAAUGAUGGACCUGAAACUGGCACUGGCCAACAGACAAGAUGAUUCCCAGUCUCUAGAUAGCCACACCAUUAAGAAAUUCAACCAUCUCUGCUCUGCCUCUGCCAAAUACUUCCAGAUGUUCCUAGACUCUCUGUGUUCUCCAGAGGGGAAGCCUCCAGAGCACCUGGAGGAAGAGGUGCUCAGACCGGCUUUAGUGGCCCGCUUCAGAGUGGCCCGACUCCACAGCCGCCUGAUCAGCUCUUCAGUCUCUGCUCAGCUGGAAAACCUCGACAAAUCUCUGGAACACUACAAGUACAUUGUGCAGUACUGUGAGGCCCAUCCUGAGGCUGCAGCCGCUGUGGAGACGGAGCUGGAGCUGAGUUCAGAGAUGGUCGGCCUCCUCCCUCUCAAAAUCAACCGCCUCAAAGCAAAGAUGGUUUUAAACAACUGAAGAACGUCACUGUUCACUGACUGACUAUUUGGCUUUCCUGAUCGAGUUAAACCCAUCCAAAUCAGGCAAUCAAUCUAAAUUUGCCACCUUUAUUAUCCAUGGACACUCCCAAUAAUUACAAAAACUAAAUGGCAGACUUCCUUGCUUAUUUGUGUAUUUUUUGAGCAGUCAGUAUGCUGCUUACACACGACCUUUGAACCCAUAACACGCGGUACAUAUGUGCUUUCCUCCGUGAAGUAAAAUGUGUGGUAACUAAAAUUUCAUUCAAAUAGCACAGUAAAUAUACUCUCUUCAAAAUCUAUAUGAAAAUAUAUUUCUCAUAGUACUAUGAAGUCAUUGUAAAACACUUUGAAUCUAUUGAUCUAGACCUGUUUUUGUCUUCACAUUGAUGAAUUCUUGCCAACCAGAAUGGUGAGAAGAAAUCUAAGUAUAUCGCUAAAAUGUCAGACGCUCCCUUUGCAUGAAAAAAGUAGCUGCUUGGAAUAUGACAGUCACCUUAUAAUCCUUGUGGUGGAUAUGUACAUAACAGAUUUUUUUAUUUAAUUUUGUUUCAUUUUAUUUUAAGUCACGAUCUUCUGUGAUCCCUGUCUCGCUCAUUCUUGUUUUCUAUUGUUAAUCAUAUUGGUUUUCAUGUAAUGUGGCUUUAUUUUGUGUGAAGCACUUUAACACAUUAAAAUUCAAUUCAUUCAGCUACUAUAUGUCUCUGAUGGUAAAACAAAUGUGAAGACCUAUGGUGUAACCAUGGCUAGUGUAACCAUGGUAAUAAACGUAGGCAGCCAGAGGUACAAAUAGUUGAGUUGGCUCAGUUUGUACUACAGACAGGUUGUUGUUGUGCCUUAAAACUGAGAUGCUUGUUCGGCUUAUCGUCAGAACAACUGUGUUGGUGACAGACAUUAAGUGGACUUAACAAUGUUGGUUUAUGAAUAAUCUGCAUGAUGCCAGCCUCAUCCGGUUGAACCUCUGUGUUGUCUUCCUGUCUCUUAGGGAUCAAAAUGUCACCCUGUUUUAUGCACAGCAGAUACUGUAUGGAAUAUAAAUAAACCAAUGAAAU